AUGACCACAAUUCUGAGACCUUUUGCCCUUGUUCCAGGAUCCGUCGAACGAGACGCUGAACGCAUACCUGAUAGGCGCGAGCGCCCUCGUGAAGAGGGGAUCAACCCAGAGGCCCAUUUGGUGUUGAAUGACGAGUUUGGUCGCGUUGACCCCACCGGCUGGUUCCCACACUAUAAGAAUUGUGUUCAGCACUUCGUCGACUGUAGCCAGCACACUCCCCAAGUGCAGGCCAUUGCCGCGUUCAUCAACAUGCGACUACCCUGCCAACAACCUUCAGAGUCUAGCGCAGUGUCUCCAUCAACGCCAUCCCCCUUUAUCUCCCUGCGGCCGUAUGUCAGACGUUUGAUUGUCACCGCGCAGGAUUCACCGGCUGUUAUGCAAGGCUUCUUCGGUGGUGACUGGGAGGCUGGCGUGGGCUGUAUCUACAAACAAGAGCGGGUAAACUAUCUGUUCACGGCUAAGAGCAGCGGUUGGGCCUCUACAAAGGCUGCCUACGACAUUUCUCCAGCUGAAGAGACCCCCUUCUUGAGGCCCCUGCGUGACCCCUCGGAGGACGAGAUUCGAGCAGCCGAGGCACGGUGGAGUGAAUGGCUGGCAAUGGAGGAUUGGAUGAUCGGAGCGCGCAGUCCCUGGUAG